GCAGGUGCAGAGGCUCUUCCAGAGAGAGAGAGAGAGAGAGAGAGAGAGAGAGAGAGAGAGAGAGAGAGAGAGCGUGCGCGAGAGAGAGUGAUAAGGAUGCGAAAAGGAGAGAAGGGGAAGAAGAAGGGCGAGAAUGAAGGGAAACGCCGGAGGAAAGGGUGCAGGGCAUGAGCAAAAGGAUUUCAGCAGCUGCCAGUGCGUCUAGCAUCCCGGGGGCUCGUCUAUGAAUGAUUUAUAGAAAGGGGUACUUUGAGAUAUGAUGAGCUCUCUUACUGGCUGGCAAUAGUACUAUGAUUUGGUAUGUGGCCACUUUGAUAGCAAGUGUGUUCAGCGCCCGAGGAACGGCCGCUCAAGGUGCCCACGGAGUCAGAGAAGAGCCCCAGUUUGUGACUGCCCGUGCUGGGGACACCGUGGUUCUGGGAUGUGACGUGUCCCACCCGCUCAACGGGCAGCCCUACGUGGUGGAGUGGUUCAAGUUCGGAGUGCCCAUCCCCUUCUUCAUCAACUUCCGCUUCUACCCUCCCCAUGUGGUCCCGGAGUACGCCGGAAGAGCUAGCCUGCAUGGGAAGUCAUCUCUGCGGAUUGAGAGGGUACGUUCAGAUGAUCAGGGCUGGUACGAAUGCAAGGUGUUGAUGUUGGAGCGGCAGUACAACACCUUCCACAAUGGCAGCUGGGUGUACCUUACAGUGAAUGCUCCUCCAACCUUCACGGACACACCGCCACAGUACGUGGAGGCCAAAGAGGGGGGCAGCAUCACUCUUAGCUGCACGGCGUUCGGCAACCCCAAACCCUCGGUCAGUUGGAUACGGGAGGGUGAACAAUUACAGGACAGCGCUAAGUACAAGGUGAGCGAUGGCAGUCUGACGGUGUUGUCCAUCAGCCGGCAGGACAGAGGAGCAUACACGUGCAGGGCCUACAGUGUACAGGGAGAGGCUGUCCACACCACACGCCUACUCGUCCAAGGACCUCCAUUUAUCGUCUCCCCUCCCGAGAACAUAACCGUGAACAUAUCCCAGGAUGCAUUCUUCACCUGCCAGGCCGAGGCGUAUCCUGGCAACAUGACGUACACCUGGUUCUGGGAGGAAGAUAAUGUCUUCUUCAAGAACGAUCUGAAGCGCAGAGUGAGCAUUCUGAUUGAUGGCUCCCUCAUCAUUGCCCAGGUGAAGCCAGAGGAUGCUGGGAAGUACACUUGCAGCCCCAGUAAUAGCCUUGGUCGGCCCCCCACUGCGUCAGCAUACCUGACAGUGCAAUACCCUGCCCGUGUGGUGAACAUGCCACCCGUCAUUUACGUGGCCAUCGGACUGCCGGGGUACAUCCGCUGCCCGGUGGAUGCCAACCCACCUGUCACUUCAGUGAAGUGGAAAAAAGACGGUCUGCCUCUCCGGAUAGAGAAGUAUCCUGGCUGGAGCCAAAUGGAGGAUGGGAGCAUUCGAGUGGCUGAGGUGACAGAGGACUCUCUUGGCACCUACGCCUGCGUGCCUUACAACGCCCUGGGUACCAUGGGACAGUCCCCUUCCGCCCCCUUGGUGCUAAAGGAUCCCCCUAAGUUUCUGGUGGUUCCAGGCGGAGAGUACAGACAGGAGGCAGGAAGAGAGCUUGUCAUCCCCUGUGAGGCAGAAGGAGACCCAUUCCCCAACAUAACAUGGAGGAAGGUAGGGAAGCCCAGCAGGGGCAAGCACAACGUCCUACCAAGAGGCAGCUUACAGUUCAAAUCUCUCAGCAAGGAGGACCAUGGGGAGUGGGAGUGUGUCGCUUCCAAUGUUGCCACGAGCAUCACUGCCAGCACGCGCCUCCUCGUAAUCGGCACAAGCCCUCACGCCCCCAAAAACAUCCAUGUUUCGGUCUCGACGACCUCGGCCAACGUCUCAUGGGAGCCAGGCUAUGACGGCGGCUUUGAGCAGACAUUCUCAGUCUGGGUGAAGAGAGAGCAGCUAGGUUCGCAUGACUGGCUCUCCAUGCCUGUGCCAAGUGGACAGCACUGGCUGCUGGUGCAGGGCCUGGAGUCUGAGACGGCCUACCAGUUCAGCGUACUGGCGCAAAACAAGCUGGGCACGGGCCCCUUCAGUGAGGUCGUCACUGUGAACACUCUAGUAUUUCCUAUAAGUACCCCCGAACCUCUGGUGCUGCUUACCCCACCACGGUGCCUCACAGCCAACCGGACACAACAGGGAGUCCUGCUAACGUGGAUCCCUCCAGCCAAUCACACGUCACCGAUCGAUCAUUACAUCAUGGAGUUCCGUCUCGGCGAGAGGUGGGAAGUCCUGGAUGAUGCAAUCCCUGCAGGAGAAACGGAGCUGUUGGCCAGAGAUCUGAUUCAGGAGGUAUGGUAUGAGUUCAGAGUUAUGGCAGUCAUGGAGGACCUCAUCAGUGAACCCAGUAAUGUAGUUGGUGUCUCCAGUACAGACUUCUUCCCACCGCCAGACGUGGCAGACGAGGGGCUGGCGCGGCCGGUGGUGGCGGGCAUCGUGGCCACCAUCUGCUUCCUGGCGGCGGCCAUCCUCUUCAGUACACUGGCAGUCUGCUUCGUCAACAAGCAGCGGCGACGCAAACUCAAGAGGCGACGAGAUCCCCCUCUUUCAAUAACACACACCAGAAAAAGCGUGGAGACUCCACCUUCUUCUGGAAAGAUGAGUCCGGAGAGUGUCCGAUCCAUGGGAGCUCCAUCUGAGUCAUCUGAGGAUGGAUCCCGAGCUAAGAAAAGUCCUGCCAAGGAGAAGGAGCUUUCCUUAUACAAGAAGACCAAAAGAGCAAUAAUUAGCAAGAAAUAUAGCGUAUCUAAACAUGAAGCUGAGGCUACUACACCUAUUGAGUUAAUAAGUCGUGGGCCAGAUGGUCGCUUUGUCAUGGAUCCCAAUGAUAUAGACACACCUGUCAAGCCUAGGCGUAUUGAGGGCUUCCCUUUUGUGGAAGAGUCAGACCUUUACCCAGAAUUUCGACAGUCGGAUGAAGAGAAUGAUGAUCCAGGCCCCAUGCCUCCUAUGAUGGCAACUCUCAGACCCCAUCAAAUCUCUCCCAUUUCUUCCAGCCAGGAGUCUUACUUGCAACCCCCAGCCUAUAGCCCCCGCUUCCAGAGGCCAAUUGAAGGGAUGACCAUCAUGGAAAGCAGUCGACUUCAGGCCAUGGGGCAGAUCCGUGGUGCUCCUCAUUUUCGAGCCUUUUCCCAUGGCCAGUUCUACUUGGGCAGCUAUUUGGGCAGUCCUGGAGAACCCGAGCCUCCACCUCCUUUCUACAUGCCAGACACCAGCCCACUUAGCUCAGUAAUGUCUUCACCCCCUUACCACAUUGAGAGGCCUUUUGGUCGUCCACCCAUACCAGAGGAAAUCAGCGAAGGAGAGAUUCAGCACUAUGCAGUCUCAGGCUGCUCCCUUCCCUUGACACACCCAUCAUCCCGUUCUCCAGAUAUCUGGCAACGGCCUGAUUUCCCCUUUGCCACGUUUGAGGGUCCUCACUUCAUAUUCCCACCCCACCACCCUUUGCAAUUUCAUCGGGAACCUUCUCUUCCACCACCCCUCAUUCUCCCUCCUAGUGCUCUCCCACCUGCUUCCAUUCAUAUACCCUCUUAUCCUGGUAUUCUUCAGCUGGAGGCCCCAAAGAGUCGGCUAGGCAAGUCUCCCAGCAAAGUGAAGCCUCAGGGCCUUCCAGCCAAGCAUUUACCUAUGCAAGAGGCACAGAGUCUAGGGCAGCUAAGACACACAAGCCACGGUAUGGGUGUGCCGGUAUUGCCUUACCCUGACCAAGCGUCUCACAUUGUUGGUCCUAGCUCAUUUGGAAGCCUGGAUACCCGUUGGUAUGAGUUAACGCCCAGACAGCCCCGUCGGAUGGAACCCAGCAUGGUGGUACUCCAGCCUUCCCGUCUCUCCCCCCUUACUCAAAGCCCGAUUAGCUCUCAUGAGGGUUCUCCAGAGAUUGUAGUGCGUCCCAGGCCCCGUCCUAGCAUUGUCCAGCCUUCCAUUCCCCCUGAGAUGUCUGAAAUAACCCUGCAGCCACCUUCUUCUGUUAGCUUUUCAAAAAGAUCCUCACCUUCUUCUUCCCCUGCUCAAGUCCAGGGAAGCCGACGAGCAAGUCCUAUUUACCGCUCCCACAUGGCCUUUGGCACCUCAGCAACAAGCUAUCCAUCCCAAUCUCCAUCACCCCCCAUGGAAAGCAGCAGCAUUUUUGGACAGAUGGCAACCCAGAGGAGGAGUGAGGAGAUUCUGCCAUCAGAACCCUCUCCGCCCCAGCUAUCAGCUUCAGGAAAACGUCGAGGUACGCCGGGUGGUCCUGCAGGGUCUGAGAGGAUAGAAGCACUGAGAUAUCAACGUGUCAAAAAAGCCAAGAAGGUUGCAGUUAACAAUAACAACUCCAAGGCCAGAAAAAAAAUGGGUGUGUCGACCUCUCAGACCCAGCAGCCCCACACCUCUCAGGUCCUCCUACCAGAAGAAGCUCUCUACCUCCGCAAGAAGAAGAGGAAGUUGACCAGACAGGACCCGUACACUCGCUUCUCCGCCCUGCUGUACCGCCGUCCUCCACAAGAUGACCAGAAAGCCAUUCUGGCCAGUAUGGACAUAGUGGACCCAGACCACGCCACUUUCCUGUGAGGGCCCAGAGAGCAGGCCACGCUCUUCCCAAAGCCCACUGGUUCUGCACUGAGUUUCCCACCACCCCAGCUGUGCCCCAUAUCUACACCUCAUCUUUCCAUUCAUACUUUUCUUCUUUUUCUUUUUAAAAACUCUCUUUUCACUAGAUAAUGCUAGUUGGUAGUGUUCCAAGGUUUUGCUCCAGUGCAAGAUUACCUCAAACAGAGAACUAGUAUCAUUACGAUUUAGGUUUAUUUCUCGUCCAAAUGAGGCAUGCCAGCAUCCAGGCUCAUGCGUGUUAUGACUCCUCACAUUCCUACACCUGUUUCAUUCUGCCAGUAGUCUUACUCUGUCUCAGCAGAACACAGGGUUCUCAUGCGUAGGCCAGAUAUACCUCAGAGUCACCCGAGACUCAUCAGUGCAACACUGCUGUACAGGCGAAGACUCUGUAACUUCCUAACAGUUAAACAUUUGGUGCUGGUGCUUGUUUUUAUUUUCUUAAAUAUCUUUAGGCAUCAUUCAUGUUCAAACGAGAAAAAUAUUUCAGGUCUUUCAAGGCAGAAUGACUGUUAUGCUCAUAAUGGUAUUAUGUAUUAAUAUACUUAUACCACAGCACUGUUAAAUUCUCUUAUCUGUUUGGUCAGGUGGUGAUUAAUUGUGGCUCUGACUAUAGUUCUGGCUUAAUUCAUAGACUCAUUCUAAUAUGCAAGAAUUUCUGUAGUAAAACACUUAUACAUGGACGUCUAUGGCAGAUAAUAAGAGCAGUAGUUGAUUAACUGUUGAUACAGUGAUUUGCUCUGUUAGGAGACUUUCCAGUGUUAGUGAUUUAUAUUAAUCAGUGGUAAAGCUGGAGCAUCAGGCAUCAGGCUUUGUCCAGUAGAUAAAGGUGAAUGGUUGUUUCUCUGUUAUAAUUUAACAGGAACUAACUUGUUUGGGAUGUUUCUCAGCAUGAAACGUAACUUUGAACAAAUAAAAAUGCACGUCUAACGUCCUGUAACGUGUUUGCUGUGGUAUAAGAGGAAUAGAACAUGUUGGGAUGUGCUGUUAUUGGAAAAUUAUAAACUUUGGGAUAGUAAGUCGGGCCACAUCACGACACCGCAUUGUUGAUUAUGUUCAUGUAACAGCAUGCUCCAUCAGGUUUUAUUCCUUACAUAAUAUGCAUUGUGUGUGUGCAGUGUAGUCGUUUUUCAUUCAUCUGCUCCUCCAUGGAUUUGGAAUGGUCAGUAUUUCCAGUACUUUAUGGGGGAACAAAUUCAUUCACUCAAAGCAUUGUUCAUUAUUGUUCUUCAGAUGAAAAAUGACAUCAAUACUGUUCUAAAUAUUCUGAAUUAAUCCUGAGAAGGGAACAAAAACAUUAUCCAGAGAUGUGCACAGGUUACUUUCCACUACAACCCAAAGCUGCUAUGGCCAUGUGUGUGCAUUUUUCUGGGUUGGUGUCUUCUCUAAAUAAGUCUAUUGCAUUGGAGCAAAAUCUUGGUAAUCACUGUGAUGUACUGUCUUACGGCGAUCCUAACUUAUGGUUUUCUGAGCUACUAUUAAAAAAUACAUAGUGUGUACCAUAAAUUAAAAACAAAAUACUACAGUUUCCUUAAUCAAUAAAAUUCUUAAGUAUAAUGUACUGUGAGAAGGAAAGGAUUUUGUGCCAUAAUUAUACUGUAGUAUUUUUUUCAACUGUCCCUCCCUCUCCCUUUUAUCCAAAAAGGUGUAUUUAUGCUAAAGUUGGGCUCUUGAAUGCUUGGCUCCAUUUAUUUGUCUCUUUCUCCUUUUUUUCUUGUUUUUUGUUUUUUUUAUUUUUUUAUUUCCAAUGGAAACCUCCUGCCUUUGUGGGCCAUUUUUGUAGCUUUUAUUUUGAGGGUUAACCUGGCUGCAAGUAAAAGCAGCACCCCAGCUCCUGUCUCUAUCCUCUCUGGAAAGACAUUAUGGGAAAUGCUUAUGAGAAGACCAGGCUUUCCCAUGUGGCCAAAGUUUUUUAUUGUAUAUCUAAUCAUCCAAGGGUGCUUCUUUUCUACUGGUUAAUGUGUAUUCUCACUGUCAGGACAAACAUAUCUGUGCUCAUGUAUGUUCACUUUGGUGGCCAGUCAUUUAAGGGGGAUUUUGCUGGUGGUGGUCAGCGAUGGUGCUCUACCUGUUUCACAUUAAUUUGUAACCGCUGAAAAAAAAAAGCUCACAAGGGUGUUGGUUGCUUAAAUAGCAUCGGUUAUCAUAAUGGGGACUCCAACUUUAAGCUAGGUUGAUGUUUAACCUUAGUUUUGGAAAUUGAUUGUGUUGGUUCACAAUCAAUCCCCCUCCCAAAGCCUAAUCAGUACAAUACAGGCGUAUUCAACAGCCUAUUUUGGGUGCUAUCAAACUUUGGGAGUCUUCAGACUGUAAUCACUUGAAAUUGCUUAAUCUCUCUAAGUCGAUCUUCCAGCAGAUUUGGCUGCUGCUUGUCAUUUGAACACCACAGUAUUUGACGUUUUAGGAUUUCAACAUCAUCCAAGCGUUGGAUCAAACUUUCUAUGUUUGCUGUGGCAUCUUGGCGGUCAAUACCUACUGUCCAUCAAAAUGCUUUUUUUUUAGCAUUAAAAUGUCCUAAUUCAUACUUGACUUACAUCUGGGUGCUGAAUGUGAUCACCAGUUUGCAUUUAUGAUUUUAGCUACAUUGACAAUACAAGCUGGGGUGUACCUCAGGCGUGUAAGGGCACUUCCUUUAGGCAUGGUUAUGAGGAUUUAGAUGUAUUCUAUGCUUGUGUGAGACCAGCGCAUUUCAAGUGUACCUGUGUAAGCGUUUUUAAUGAUUUUCUUUCACCUUGGUUAGGAGACUUAUUGUCAACUAGUCAUACAUCAUUUGGAGCUUUUAGAUAUACUAAGCACCGAGCGUGACACUUUUCAUUUGGCACAAAGCGUUGCUAUUGGUUCAGAUCACACCACUUCUUUUGUUCAGUGAAUGAUUUUUUGGUCUUUGCAAAGAAUAUCAGUCUUUGCGUUUUAAUGUCUGUAACUGUUGUUCCGUUUGUAAUUUAAAUAAAUGUCCGAUUAGAUGACAAUGACCCAUAAAACAUGUGGCAACACACCUUUAGAUAGAUCUACACAAUAGGUAGUUCCUUUCAAAGACGUGCUCCUCAAGUAUUUACAAGACAUUUAACUGGGCAAUUUUUUGGUCGACUAUGGUGCUUUGUAAAAGAUAUAGAACUAUUUAAUGAACUAAAUAUUGUUAUGUUUCUUUCUUUUUCAAAAGAGUGAUAUAAAAAAAAAAGAAUAUCCAAAACGCUAGGAAUGUACUGUAAUAUGUCAAAAUACUGUAUAUAAUAGCAUAUAUUGCACAAUGUAUGAUAAAAUUUUAGGAAUUUUGAAUAAAUUGGACAAUAUAUGCACGCAACUAAAUAUAUUCAUAAAACAUAUACCCAUAUUUUGAAUUCAUUUUCUAACAAUGUGUUUGUAUAUUACUUUUUCAUGAAGGUUCCACUACUUUAAAGCAUCCUUAAGAUAAAUUUCCAUUGACCCUGGAUUUCAAGACGAAUUUGUCAAUUAUUUUUUGUUGGCAGGAUAUAUUUUUUUUAUUAUUAUAAAUUAUUAUUUUUGGUUGUUUGGAUCAUUAUAAGCAUUUAAAUGAGAAGGCAGGAUAUUUUUUUUUUUUAGAUCAAUGAUCUAUAAACUGAACAGUAUCUUCUGUAGCACCAUCAAGUUGUAUUUCCACUUGUUGUGUAAUUAGGCUGUGGCAGAGUUUGUAGGCUCUUAAAAGAUAAACAAUGCAGCAGAAGAUUUGUUAAAAAAAAAGAAAAAAAAAGAAAAAAAAAGAAAAGAAAAGAAAAACAAGGCUUUAACGUGAUCAAGUGAACACUUGAGCUCAUUAUUCAGUAGCAUUGUAGCUAGUGACAAUGGCACUGACAAUUUUGACCUUCUGGAACUCAUUGACUUUUUUUAUUGCAUUGCAUUUAUUUUAUAUUGAAUUUAUAUCUGUUCACAGAACAAGCAUUCUAUCACUUUACCAUGAUUUAUUUCAACAUAAACAUUUUCCAUUCCAAUUUGCGUUUGUAUAAUUUUGAAUAA